CGCUAGCUCACGGCGAAUAACUGAACAACUGUAUCGCACCAUUUAUGGGAAGGUAGAUACACCAUCCAUUGCGCUAUCUGUUAGAAAAAAAGUUGCACUCGCUUAAGCGCUAUCUCGUAGUUGAUAGUGCAACUGUCAUGAAGUAGUAGCGUGUAGUAACAUUUAUGUCUAUCAAAUGGUCUAUCAUAACUGUCACCUGACAAGUGCAAGCGUCAUGACGUCAUCAAAAAUUUUGUUGUGCUUACGGGCAGCGGAUCGGUAUUUGUAUUUGCUUGUUUUCUGAGUGCAAUAUACAUAAUUAUAAUUAAUUAUUGCCACUCACUCAUAUAAUAAUUAGUGCAAUUCGACAUUCUCUCUGGAGCAUAAACUUUCCACGCGUUUGAUAAGCAUUUGUGAUAACAGGAAUCAUUUGCAAAUAAGCGCUUUUUACUGUGACCCGUACCAUGGUUAUAGAAAUCGAAAAUAAAAUUGUCUCGCCCCAAAAGAAUUGUGAUAAGGUGAUAAAUUCUAUCGACAAUAGGUCAUGCACCAAACCUGCUAAAAAGUUUUUUUAGUUACUUAGUGCAUUGCAUGAGUUGGUGAAUACAUUAUAUGGGUAUUCAAAAGACAAACAUGAAAAAUUCACAGUUAUGGUUCAAAGGAGUACGCAGCUCAAAAUUCCGUCAUGUGUAUGGAGAACCAGCCAGAAGGGAGAAAUGUUAUGACAACAUUCCCAUAACAAAAAAUGCCCACGACUCCCAGUUUUGUGCUGUGAAUUCUAAAUUCAUAGCCAUUGUUACUGAAGUAGCUGGCGGAGGAGCAUUCACUGUAAUUCCAAUCAAUUGUACUGGAAGACUUAAUUUCAAUGCAAGCCGAGUAACAGGACAUUCUGGACCAAUUUUAGAUGUAAAAUGGAACCCUUUCAAUGACAAUAUUAUUGCAUCUUGUUCUGACGACUGUACAAUAAAACUAUGGCAUAUUCCUGAUGAAGACCUAUCAGUUCAUCUGAACGAAUGGAUUGUAGAGCUUCAAGGUCACAAACGACGAAUUGCGUACAUUGAGUGGCACCCUACUGCAGAAAACAUUCUUUUCAGUGCUGGAUUCGAUCAUUUGGUGAUUGUGUGGGAUAUCGAAAAAGGUGAGGCUAUAAAUGUCAUUGACUGCCACCCAGACGCAAUUCAUUCCAUGUCCCUGAACAGGGAUGGGAGCUUAUUAGCAACCACUUGCAAAGAUAAAAAGCUGAGAAUUAUCGAGCCAAGGAGCGGGAUUGUGAAAGCGGUAGAAGGAACUUGCCACUUGGGUUCCAAAGCUAGCAAGGUAGUGUACCUAGGUGCUACAGGAAAACUCCUGACAACAGGCUUUUCCCGUUUUUCUGAUCGCCAGUACUCAGUAUGGGAUGAGAAUGAUCUAUCUGCACCAGUGUUCACAGACACCAUAGACAGUUCUUCCGGAAUAAUGUUCCCAUUCUUUGACCCUGAUACCAACAUGGUGUAUUUGGCUGGCAAAGGUGAUGGAAAUAUAAGGUACUAUGAGGUGACUGAAGAAGCGCCAUAUGUGCAUUUUCUCAACCAGUUUCUUUCUGGAAAUCCACAGCGAGGCUUGGGAGUGAUGCCAAAACGCGCGUUGAACGCACUCAACUGCGAGAUUUUCCGCUUCUACAAGCUUCAUGCCACUAAAGGCUUUUGCGAGCCUAUCAGUAUGAUAGUACCUCGCAAAAGCGAUCAAUUUCACGAUGAUUUGUACCCAGACACUGCCGCGGCCAAGCCGGCCCUGUGCGCUCAGGAAUGGAUCAGAGGUCAGAACGCCAUGCCUGUGUUGAUGUCCAUGAAAACUGGCAAACAACAGGCCCUCAACAUUACCUCAAUCAAGCAACGAAGUUUCUCAAAACUGAACGAAAAACCCGUGAUCGACAAUAACAAGCGUAAGUUCAUGUUUCUAUCGAUGGAAACGAUACCCGAUUACAGGCCGAAAGAUCUCAUGAGCGAGAAGAACCAAAAAACGACCAGCAAUCAAACAACGAAGUUCCAACAGUUGCAGCAGAAGUUCAGCGGCAACGACGUACAUAGCAAUGGCGUCACUGUACUGAAAGAGAACAACGUUGGAGAUAAUAUGCCCGAGCAUGAGUUGAGGAAGGCGUAUCAAGCUCAAUCUGAUGAAAUAAGGAAACUCAAAAAACAGUUGGUAAACAGUGAUCAACGUAUCAAAGAACUGGAGGAGCAACUAAAAAAGCUGCAGGCGAAACCUUAAAUUUCAUAUGGAGCUAUAUUUUUUUAAUACUUUAUAAUGUUUUUUAUGUUAUACAGUUACAACUGCAAACGUUGAUAUAAGUUUACUUCAGCAGUAGGGGAAUUCAUCAGUGCAAUAUGCGCAAACGAUUUUUUUUUGUUUCUGUCUAGUUGUCGAAAUUUUCAUGGUACAUUUCCAAAUUUGAAAUCUCUCAGUUUUCUACUCUUCACGAAUUGCAGUCAAGUACAAUACCUUCAGUAGAACUACCAGUAACCAGUUGAAACUCGAAUUUGGAAUCAUGAUGACCUAUUGCACGGAAUCAAAAUGGUUAUGUGAAAGUUUAUUAUAGGAUUUAAACAAUGCCACUCUUACCUAGUUUCGAUAAAAUAUUAUGUUCAUGGGCGCCCGCGGGGGUGUAAUUUGAUUUGAUUGGUUGAUUUUGUACACAAUUUUAGGGAUUUUUAGGAGUUAACCCACCUGAAAAAACUUUAUACAACCCGCUCAUUAAGAAGUUUUGGGGGAAAAUACACUUCUGCUUUUCAAGAAGUUUGAACAAAAAGUUAUCACUUGCCGAUAAGUAAAAUUUCUGCUAGUGCUCAUGGUUAUGUUACCAAGAUAUGCAUACAGGGUAUAGUUAUAUGCGAAACAUAAUUGUGAACAUAUUUACAAAAUUAGAUUGGUCAUUCUUUUAAGUAGAUAUCUCUCAAAAAACUAAGGUAAAACUCUAAUACUAUGUCGUCUCCCAUAUACUGAUGAGCACAACUGUGUUUUUACUCCCUUUAUUUAUAAUAUAUAUAGUGUUUCUGCGUUACCAUUGAUUUUAUAUUUUAAGCCUUUGUGAUAAUUUUUAUACAUUUUAUUAUUAAUUUUAUAUAUUUACUUGUAUGUGUUUCCAUUUUUGUUUUAAGAAAAUAUUGUAUGUGGGACGAAUUUGCUUAUUGUUGUGAUUAUGUUGAAGCAAUGCCUAUAAAAAAUAAUUGUUUCUCAUAGGUCAUCAUAAUGUAUACAUUUACAUCACCGAAAAUGUGUGUCGGUAAUGAUGCUUGGAAUGUGAGACCCUCUGAGAAUUGGUUUACAUAAUUGAAUCAUGUACACCGUGAUUUGCAUUGAAAUAUUCAUGCUUUUUGUCGGCAAAUAAAUGUAAGUGAGACAAAGAAGAAACAAGUUCAUAACUAAUUCCAAAAACUUAAGCACAAACUUACAUUUUACAGUUAAACUUGUUAAGCUAUAGUGAUAGUGACAUAGUAUGCACACGAUAUCAGUAUUAUUCUUCAUGUGAAACCUUUUUCUUUACAAUACAAGCAAUUUUGAAUUAAAACCAGUUUUGAAUUAAAAGUGACUUUCAACAAAUUCAUUGAUAAAUUUGGUUUAUUGUAAAGUCCUGGCACUGUUCUAUUUAUAGACCAAUAUUUUUGAUAAGACGAUUCUGGAAUUUUUGAUCGGCGUAUCACCUAUCCUUUAUUGUAAAAAAAUAAGGUGUUCAUAUAAUUAAAAAUUUAGCUAUUGUAUAUUUUUAUACUAUAGAUGUUGCAUGUGUAUGUUCUAGAUUUUCCAUACAUUUUGUCUGUAGUUUUUAGUUGCUGCAUUCUUUUGAAAGUGAUUUAUGAGUUAUUUUGUCUUUGAACCAAUAAGCAUUACUAUAGAAUGCUAUGGUAGCCAAUACGUCAGUAAAGAUUUUUCUACAAUAUGUGGCUGAAUUAUAAGUCGAAAAAACGCGAUAAAUCCUUUGUAUAGUUAUGCAGCAUCCUAAAAACAGAAAUGGCGUGUAAAAGUAUUUUUAAUAUAUUUGACCUUAAAGCAUUGGAGGUGAAGCUUGUAUCUAUUUUAAAUGCAGUAAUUUGUCGGUAAUCCUUUAGUUGCAUCUAUAUACUCUCAAAAUUAACGUCAAAAGAAGCAUAUGAUCAAAAUUUUAUAUAGCUUGAUAUAAGCAUCUUAGACAUGUAGCUUAAAGGCUUAUAAGCUUAAAAAUGUGAUAUCACAUUCCACCUUUGCAACUGAGGGACAAAUCUUGUACUUUUUAAACAAUAAUAAAAUGCAUUUUCAACCUCAA